GAAGCCGGCGCCACGGUGAGGCACUGACGCCGUGGGCCCACGAGUCUCCCGGGCCCACGCGUCAUCCUCUCCAUCCCCUCGUCGUCGUCCGCUCGCCUCUGCCCCCGUGCCGACCUUAACUGCCGCCGUUGUCUUCUCCUCCACCCAAAAGCUCGCGAAUCAAUCCACGCUUCAGAGAGAGAGAGAGAGAGAGAGAGGCAGGUGGCGCCGCCGCUGUCCCGCUCGUCUCCGGUGGCCGGCAGGCGGCCGCAGAUCUCGUCUGUCCAGGAUCCAGUGUGUGCGGCCGCGGGCCGCCAUUGUUUGGGAGGAGGAGGAGGAUGGGUAGUAGCACAAGCGCCUUCGUCAUCAGGUGGAUCAACUUCUUCACCAUGAUACUGGCACUACUGGUGGUGGGGUUCGGGUUCUGGAUGAGCACCCACAACGACGAAUGCAGGCGGUCCUUGACGAUCCCUGUCAUGGGUCUUGGAGGAGUAAUUUUCCUCAUAUCGCUCGUGGGGUUUCUUGGUGCUUGGAAGAAAAUUGCUUGCUUGCUAUGGACAUAUCUGGUAAUGCUGUUCGUGGUUUUGGUGGCAAUCAUGGUGUUCACAGUGCUUGCGUUUAUUAUCACAAAUACCGGAACUGGCCAUUCUGUCUCUGGGGUGAGAUACAAAGAGUAUCGUCUGCAGGAUUAUAGCUCUUGGUUUAUCAAACAGCUGAAUGACACUGAAAAAUGGACUCACCUGAGAAGCUGUCUUGUGAAAUCAGAUGAUUGUAAUGGCUUGUCAAGAAGAUACAAGACUCUGAAACAAUACAAGCUUGCAGAUCUUACUCCUAUGGAGUCUGGUUGCUGCCGUCCACCGGCAGAGUGCGGGUACCCAGCUGUAAACGCUUCCUACUUUGAUUUGAGCUAUCAUCCAGUCAGCACGAAUGUCGACUGCAAACUGUACAAAAACGCACGCUCUGUUCUGUGCUAUGAUUGUGAUUCUUGCAAAGCUGGGGUUGCUCAAUACAUGAAAACAGAGUGGAGGGUGGUAGCCAUCUUUAACGUCAUACUGUUUGUCAUCUUGUCUUUCGUCUACUUCGUCGCGUGCUGUGCGCGCCGAAACACCGGAGAGAGCGACUCCAAGGUUCCUACAAGAUGGCAUGCAUGAUUGGCAGAUGAAGCAUCGUAGAGUUAGCUUUUGCUAUUGCUUGUAGUGGCAUUGUUCAGUCAAGUCUCGUUGGUGAAAUGGAAUGCAAGGGCUUUUCCUUUCUGGUGUGGGAUGAUGAUGUUCUUUGUUGCAGUUGGCUUGUGAACAUUUUAGGAAUAAGUUCAUUUUAGGUCCCUUAACUUUA